AUGACCCAGGCAGAGUUUGAUAAAGCAGCUGAAGAAGAUAAAAAGCUGAAGGCCCAGUUAAGAGAAAAGGAGAUGCUGGAUAUGUAUAGCUAUUUCAAACAAACUAAAGUUGGAGCUGUAAAUACAGAAUGUACUGGGAAGCUUGAUUUCAAAGGCAAAACCAAGUGGGAUGCCUGGAAUAAGUUAAAAGGAAUGUCUAAAGAAGAUCCUGUGAAAGUAUAUAUAGCAAAUGUCAAAGAACUGAAGGACAAGUAUGGAACGGCAUGA